AUGCUUCUCACAGAUAAAAACUUUAAACUAACUUCACUGCAGGUGAACCCUUUGUAUAAGCCCGUUUUCGAUAAAUUAGAUGCUCUCGCAGUUAAGUAACUAAAUGAACUUGAUAAAUCAGUGCUUUGGUCAAGACACUAUACCAAAGCUGAAUUCAAGUUUACUUUUGCUUAUCCUUUAGUGGUAUUUUGUGUGAUUAUAUUCUUCAGUAUAUCAUAUGGUGUUAAGUAUCGACUCUAUGCAAAUUACAUAAGGUAUGGUAGAGAGCUUGAGUUGGCUGAAAUGAUGGACAUUGAUCUUGAUGACAUCAGCUAAUACCCUAAGUCAGUGCUAGAAUUAUACAAAGAAAAGAAGAAGCACGAUGCUUAUACUAAAAAUAAAGAGAAUAAGAUUAAGACUAUUGAAUAAAAUUUCCAUACAUUUGUGGAAAAGCGUAUUAUAGAUACAGCAGAGUAUAGAAAAUCAAGAGGAUUAAGAUCACUCGAUGAACUUAUCGCUGAGGACAAGACACCCAAGAACUUUAAUAAAUUCAGCAAAUAUGGCCAAAAUGAAGGGUUUAAGCCUAGAAGAGAUUAUAAUACUGGCUUUCAAUCCAAGGGAAUUCAAAAGAAUAAGUCUUUUGAAGGUAAGAAAGGAAUAUUUAAGGGACACUAGAAAAGUUUCAAUAGAGAUAGAGAUGACUUAAGUAGCAAAAGACAAUUUAGCAAACCAUAGUAAAGAGAUACUUAAGCUAGUUUUAAUCCAUGGACUGUUGAUUCUAAAAAAACUACAGAAUAGCCAGAAAAGCAAUUCAAGGGUUUGAGUUAAGGAGGUGCUCAAGUCAAAAUUAAAAAUCUCCACUACGAAAUCACUGAAGACAAAUUGCAAGAAGUAUUUUCAAAGUAUGGAAGAGUAUUCUCAUGUGAAAUCUUGUGGGAUAAGCAUGAUAGAUCUACCGGAGAAGCUCUAGUAACUUAUGAAGUUCCUAGUGCAGCUGAGUUAGCAAUUACUGAGCUAAAUAAAUCAUCUUUGGAUGGUCAAGUUGUGUAUGUUUCUAGAGUUUACUGA